CCACCGGAGGAGCGUCCCGGACUCACUCCGUAGUAGUCCGUGUGCCGCGUAACUGACCCCCCACCCCCCCCCCGACCCCCCUCCGCCAUCCCGACACCGGCUACACACACCGCUUCCCCCGCUUGUUUGCGCCUUCUUUACGAUGUGAAGGAAAAUGGCCGGGACAAGCUCUGACUGGGUGGAGAUCCUGGAGCCCCGCUCCCGCGAGCGCAUGUAUGUGAACCUGACCACCGGCGAGUGCGGCUGGGACCCCCCCUCAGGCGUUCCCGUCCGCCAGGCAGACGGCAACCAGUGGUGGGAGCUCUUCGACGCCCAAAGCGGCCGCUUCUACUACUACAACUCCACCGGGCGCCGCACGGUCUGGCACCGACCGCAGGGGGCCGACAUAGUACCCCUCUCCCAGCUCCAGGCCAUGAGACGCCGCGGUGAGGCCAAGCGGGCCGGGGGCGGCGGCGGCGCGGACCGCCCCCCCCACGGCACCACGGGCAGCGUCGGCAGCGCGGGCAGCCAGGGGCGCUUCACGCCUCUGCCCGAGCGCGACAGAGACGGCCCCGGGGCUCCGGAGCCCGGCCACGAGGCUGGCGAGCCCGAGGUGGACCCGGCAGCGGACAGCAGAUCGCAGGGGGACGGGAGCAGCGCCGAGAACAGCACGGACGGCAGCAAAGACCAGCAGAGGGACGCCUCUCAAAGAUGGCAGCCCGCCCCUGGUUCUAAGGCGGCCAUGUUGGUGAAGGUGAACAGCAUGAGUCGCAGCCAGCCCAUCCCGGCUUCGCAGCAGCAGCACCUCCAGCACAGUGCCCACGGCAAACCCAACACCUUCACCCUGCACCCGAACACCAUCAAGCCCCAGGGGGGACUCCUAAACUCUACUCAGGGAUAUAAAACGGCCCCUUCUGGCAAAACGGCCACCGACCCACGUCAGGCCCACCACCUGAGAAAAGCCAGCAAUGGCAGCUUCUGUUUGGUGACAUCGGACGGCAGCCAUCCCAGCCCGCUCCUGCACAGGUCUCAGACCAGCACACCGUGCCCCGUCUCCCCCCACUACGGUUGCACUACCCCAAUCUACGACGAGCCAGUUUCCGAGUGUCCCAUAUACGAUGAACCCCCGACGGACAUGGAGGUGGAGGGGGCGCACCUCUACAAUGGACAUCCUCUGUCUCGCCUGACACCCACCCACAGCCUCCAAAAGCCCAUACAACUCCAGCCCCCUGGUUCUUCUCAUCCAGGGUCCAGACACAGGAGGAACCCGUCCGCCUCUGACUACAGCCCAGCUGGUCUGGAGUGCAUCAAGCACAUGAUCAACGUGGACCCUAAACAGGGGCUGCUCUCCGGCUCUCCUGUGCCCACGGGCACUCCUUCCCCGACCUCCAGGCAGGAUCCUGUCUUGGCCCAUCCACAUCCUCAGCCGCAUCCUCAGCUGCAUCCUCAGCCUCAUCCUCAGCCACAUCCCCAGGCCCACUCUUUGCCCCAGGCCCGGGGCAUGUUGAAAGACAGAGAGCCCGGGACCCCGGGCCCCAGUACACUGGACAAGAAGCAGAGCUGGCGGGUCCUUGAGGCCACCGUCCAGCGCGCCAUGGAGGCGCGACACAGCAGGCAAAGCAGCCAGGCCUCGCAGGACUUCCCGUCCUCCACCCCCCAGGCCACGGCAAACUAUCAAGACUCUGGUUACUCCACCGGUCUCUCUCCGAGUCUGAGAAGAAAGAGCCGGAGGAGGGUGGGAGCCGGCGGUGGGGCAGGAGGCAGGCCAGGGUCGGUGGGCAGCAGCGGGGAGCUGAGCGCUCUCAACGAGAGGCUGAUGGCCGAGAUGAGGGAGGUGGUGAGCCGCUCCAACACCAUGAGGGAGGUGAGAGCCGGGCUGGACCCGGAGAUCGGGGAGAGGGUUGUCGCAGCCCGGACGCGCUCCCCUGCCGACUCACUCCGGUGGUACGCCGGAGGGGGGUCGGCCAGCAGGUCCGCUUCACGGGAGGAGCUCCCCGGGGCCUCCCGGUCACUGAGUAGGGCAGGUAACCACGGCAACCCCGCGCUGACGCCCCUGGAGAUGCCAGGGAGGCAGAAGAGGACCUAUGAAAAGGUGGAUACCUUGGAGAUGAGCGUGAACAGCCAAGCCAGCCUGUCAUCGCCAGAGACCCCAGGGCCGCCCUCACAGGAGGGCACCCUUGAACUGCAGGCUCAGCUGGAGAGCAGGAAGAAGGGCAUGACGGACGGGCGCACCGCAUCCCUGGGCCCCCACCGGCCCCCCACCCACGACACCAGUGAGGGGGGCGACGGGGCGGGCGGCAGAACGAGGGGAUCCUCCUACCAGCUCUGCUACGCCACCCUGCGGCAGCCCCCGCCCCCCGACACGGGCAUGGAGGACUGGGCCAGCAAGCACCUCAACAUGCACACGCAGGGCCUGUUCCGCCGGCGCGUCUCCAUCGCCAACAUGCUGUCCUGGAACCGCGGGUCCAUCAAGAAGCCCAUGCUGGUCACCAGCAACCGCGCCGUCAGGAAGGAGGCCUGCGAGAUGUUCAAGCUGGUGCAGGCCUACAUGGGGGACCGGCCGUCGCGCCUGGACCGCCGCCACUGCGCCCUCCUCAUCGUCACCAAGUGCUGGGACAUGCCGGGGCUGCGGGACGAGCUGUACGUGCAGCUGGUGAGGCAGACCACGGGAAACGCCACGCCCGAGAGCCUGGCGGCGGGCUGGGAGCUGAUGGCGGUCAGCAUGGCGUUCUUCGCCCCCUCGCCCAAGUUCCGCUGCUACCUGGAGGGCUACAUCCAGAGACACACGGAGCCCGUGAGCGACAACAAAUGUGAGUCUCAGACUGAGCAACACGUGACUCAGUUCAUAUUGGAGCAGCAGGAACUGAAGCUGAAGAAGAAUUCAAAGUCCAGAAAGAAGAGGAAACAGAAUACGGAUGUGGAGGAAGCUCUGCCUAUCAGCACGUAUGCCAAGUUCUGCUAUCGGAAGCUGCAGAAGGUGGCGAUCACCGGAGGCAAAAAGGGUCUACGUAAGCCCACCUUGGAGGAGAUCGACCACAGCAGGCGGGCCAUCGUCACUCCCUCCCUGUUCGGCAGCUCUCUGGAGGAGGUGAUGGAGAGGCAGAGCGAGCUCUUCCCCGACAGGAAGCUGCCCUGGGUGCAGGUUCAGCUUUCCCAGUACGUCCUGGCCCUGGGCGGGGCUCAGACGGAGGGCAUCUUCAGAGUGCCUGGGGACAUUGAUGAAGUGAACGCCCUGAAGCUCCAGGUGGACCAGUGGAGAAUCCCAGAGAAUCUCUCCGAUCCCAACGUUCCUGCCUCUCUGAUGAAGCUGUGGUAUCGGGAGCUGGAGGAACCUCUCAUCCCCAUGAACUUCUACAAGCAGUGUGUCAGCAACUGUGACGACCCAGUGGCGGCCAUCGCUGUGGUUCAGUCUCUGCCGGAGCUCAACCGGCUGGUGCUCUGCUACUUCAUCCACUUCCUGCAGGUCUUCGCUCAGCCAUCCAACGUGGCUAUAACCAAGAUGGACGUGAACAACCUGGCCAUGGUGAUGGCGCCCAACUGCCUGCGGUGCCAAUCCGACGACCCGCGGAUCAUCUUCGAGAACACGCGCAAGGAGAUGUCCUUCCUGAGAAUGCUAAUCGUUCACCUGGAGACGGGCUUCAUCGAAGGGGUGGUGUAGGCGCGUCCGGUGACGAAUCGCCAUCUUCGGUUCUACAUUUAGAGUCGUGCGCAAACACUGUUUGGGUUCAGACCACACUGGAAACUCUCCCACUGACAUAUUGAACACAAGCGGCGUGAAAGCAGCUCUGACUUUGGACCCCUUGUUGUCACAUAACACAUCUCCUUAGGUUUCACUGUGCUUCUAUGAAACGGAAAUCAACAGUGGCGGCUUUGAGGUCCCUCCCUUGUGCGUGAGAAAGACAUAGCUUUUCCUAACCAUGCACAGAGAAAUUUAAAAUAUAGAAAAGUAAAAGAACGUAAUGGUGUCUUGUUAGCUUGCUUGUGCUGUUUCGAGUAGCUGUUCUGAUGGCUGGUGCCCUGUUAUUUCAUUUCACGAGGCACAGAAAACCACUCAUUUCAAAGGGCGGACUGGAAGGAUGGGCCUAAAAGCUCUUUGUGACAGACGGGAAAGUGCUUUGAUUUUACAACGCUAAACACUCAGUGAGGCCCGGCGAGAGUCUUGUAAUCACAGUUUAUGUCAUAACGAUGUGAGAGGUUGGUAAUUCAACUGAUAAUACUCUAUAUAAAAAGAAGAAUCGUUCAAUUUCAUUUGCGUUCUCUUUUGUUUGUGUUGUUUGGCUCAGGUCUUCUAAUAAAACGGGUGUUGGGUGUGAUGACUGUACGUGGCCUCCCUCACGGAGUGAACAUUUAGAUAAUCCACCGCAAACCCCUCUGUAAAAAAAAAAUGGAGCAUCGUUCAACCUUCAAGCACUAUGAGAAUGUAGAUUAAGCCUUGUGUGUCCCUUCUCUCUGUGCGUGUAAAUAAGUUGUCUGUGUAAAUAGUAUUAACUCUUCUCUAAUGAUCCAGGCUAAGGGUGAACUUAAACGUAAAGAGCAACAAAGUGAUUUUGUAAUUAACUGUUCAUUUCUCUGCUGUAACCGCCCGCCUUUUGAACAUAGGACAGAUGCAAACCACUCAGCGUGUGUGCGCGUGUGUCUGUGUGUGUAUGCCUGUUUGUGUGCGCGCAAACCAUCUUGUUAAAAUAUGGAACGACUGCCCAUAAAUAAAGAUUUGUUCAAUUGUA